UCCAGCUUUUUUUUUUUUUUUUCCCAUUUUCUGUGAUUCCCAACUUAAUUAACUAAUUCAUAAAUCAUCAAAUAAUAACUUCAGCUUUUUUUCAUAAACCCAGUACCGAUUUCCAUUGUGCUAUUAAUUAUCUUCAUUUUCAUUUUUCUUUAAUGCAAAGUUGAUUUUAUUUUAGUUUCAAACAGUGUUGGCAUUGGGGUGAAGUAAGAAUAUUGGUAUCAAUACAUUAAUAGGACGUAGAAAGAAAGAAGGAAUAAGCCAAUAGCGCGUUUAGAGUGUAAGCAUUUGGUGAGUCAAAUUUUGGAGGCUCACUUUUCUUUGUUUCCUACUGCGUUGACCCAGUCAAACUUUUGACUCUACAUUUUUAUAUUUAUUUGAAACCAACUUCUGCAUAUUUUUCUUUUUCUUUCAAUAAAGUAAAAAAUUAAUUUAUUGAAAGCUAAUAAUAAUUUUUUUUAAAAAAAAAAAGAUAAGUUAGGGUUGUUCUAGUCAUACUAGUUCAAAUUAUCAAAAUUAUCAAGAGGAUCAAAAGUUAGAAUGUUACAAGGGUCUAGUGUGACAUACAACCUUUCUCACGUCACUAGAUCACGUCUAUAAGAUUAAGCUACAUAAUAUGUAAUUUAGUUUAGUUUAGCACAAAAAGAUUAAUUAUUUAUCUCUUCAAGCGGGUGCUAUUUAUAUCAAGCUCAUUCUUUGUCUCUUGCUUGAGAUAGGUUGAGUAGAUGUGAGCCUCAAAGUUAUAGAGGGUUAACGGCGAGUUCGAUUUGAUCUUUUUCGUUAUGGUGAAAUGAAAUGAACUUGAUUAGUCAAUCUAGAAUUUAAGGAUUUGACUUUUAUUUUGAGAUGUGCAAACUCUUAUGCUAACUUUAGGGUAGUCUAUAUGCAAGUUUAGGUUUUAAUCCUAAUCGACAUUUAUUUAUUUUUCAAUUUUCUUCGUCAUUUUUUAAAAUUAAAUUUGGUAAGUGGUAGGAGGGAAUGAAAAACAAUUAGAAAGCAAACAACUUGCGAUGCCCAUAGUUUUCAUUUCAAAAUUAGUGAUUUUAAAGAUUUAAUUAUGGAAGAUUCCAAGAAAGUACAUUAGAGUUAAUAUCUAAUUAUUUUAUUUAUAAAAACCUAGUAUUUAAUUAUUAGCAAUUUUCAAUGCAUACAAUAUACCUAAAGUACCAAUGAUGCAUAGUUUUGUUUUGUUUAUGAUAUGAAUAUGCAUUUACCCUCAUAAUCCAUAUCCCACCUUUGUAAAUAUUCUAUAGUUACAUAGAUCUAUCCCUUCAUCAAUUCACAGUUUCUAAAAACCCUUGUAGGUCAAGUUGAAUAUUAAAAACUUCAAAAGAAUAUUUAUGGAGUCUAACCUAUCUACUAAAUGUAACAUAACUAAGCAAAUGAACCAAAAUAAGUUCAAAUUCCACAUAUGUAGAGUAGGUAUUAUUGAUGAAAAAGUGUGUGAUUCAAAUUUCUUACCACAGAAAUUACUGUUUACUUGAUCUCCUUUUUUUUUUUUAUUGAAAAGUGAAUUUUAUGUUUUCUAGUUGUAUGUCAUCUAGAAGAAAGCAAAAAGAUUAAUUUCAUACAAAAAGUUGAUGAUGCAUGUAAUACUCAUAUUAGUUGACUAUUUCGUGUCAUAUGCCAACAUGGUCAUGUUGAUUGUAUUAAACAAUUCACCAUACAUUUCUCGAAAUAGAGUAGGUAUCUAUCUCCCUCUAAUUAUUUUAUAAUUAACGAAUCGUUUUCCUCUAUUCUACAUUUUCUUUGUUCUUCAACUAAUCAAACCUUCCCCCACUUGAAAACUUCCUUUACCAAAUCUUCAUUUUCACAAUGACAAAUUUGUCCCUAUCUUGUCCAUUUGUUCUCCCUCAUUUCCUGUCAUUUUAAUAGUAAUAUUCCCAAUUUCAAUGGGCAAUUUCGUCAAAAAGCACAUCCACUCCAAAUCCCACAAAUUUCAGCAAUACCCAGUAAGAAGUUUGAAAAGAGUACUCCAAUUCAGCCAUUUGAUCUAUAAAAAAAAAAACAAUUCUUUUGUUUAUGAAAAUAUGGGUAGUUGUUGAAGAACCGGUAAAGUUUCCCACUUGUUUUUCUUUUUUAAUUUGCUCUCUCUCUUUUAACCAAUUCAAAAACCACCUGCAAAGAUUUCCCAUUUCUCCUCAUCUUCAUUCUCUUCACCUUCUUCUUCCCAUGGCUUCCAAACUUCAAGUCCUCUUCAAACCAACUCUUGUUUGUCUCUUUACACUCAUCUUCUCAACCUCAGCUUCUGUAACAUUCAAGGACUGUGAGCCAAGAAAUUGUGGACAUGGCCCUGUUAUAGAAUACCCCUUUUGGAUUGAUGGUGUGCAAGAUUCUUCCUGUGGAUACCCAGAUUUCAAAAUCAAAUGCUCCAGAGAUUACCCUGUUCUUGAGAUUUCCGAUGACAUUUUUAUCGUCGAGGACAUUUUUCACCAAACCAAAUCGUUUUUACUGGUGAGUGCCGCAGCUUACGACGAUCCACAUUCAUGUCCCUCUCCCUCUCAUGGCAUUCGUCUAGAUGGAAAGCCAUUCCAUUUUAGUUCAGAGAAUGAAAAUUUCUCCUUCUUCUAUGAUUGUCCAAAAGUGUACAAAGAUUACAUCUAUGAACUUAGCUGUACUAACAACACAACCCACUUUUCUUUUGCUACUUUCCACAAGGAUCUUCUGGAGUUUCAGAAUUUUCCCUUACAGUCGUGUCGUUCUUCGGUUCAUGUUCCUAUUCGCAAGAACUUGACUGCUAGUGUAGCUGAUUUGAGGGAAAUGAGUUAUGUUGAGAUUUGGAAAAGGGGUUUUUUCCUGAAUUGGAAUGCACAAGAUUGCAGCAAAUGUGAGCAAAGUGGUGGUUAUUGUAGAUUGGAAAACAAUAAGUUUGCUUGUUCUUGUAGCGAUGGACUUCAUUCCAAUAGCUGCAAACAUGGAAAUAGGACUAGAACAAAGAUUAUCAUCGGGGUAUGCAGUGGUGUUGGAGCUUUGCUUUUAACCUUUCUUGUUCUUGUAAUCUGCUACCGAUGGCGUCAGCUUCGUCGUAGAAGGUCUCAUGCGUUGCCGUAUGUGCAACGAAGCAUUUCAUUGAAUCCGUCGAAUCCGUCGAAUCCCCCAAAUCCGUCUUCUGUGGAAGAAGUUGAGAAUGGAGGUACCUACUUGGGCGUUCACCUCUUCUCCUAUAAAGAGCUUGAAGAAGCCACAAACCAUUUUGACUCCAACAAAGAGCUUGGAGAUGGAGGCUUUGGCACUGUGUAUUUUGGUUUACUAAAGGAUGGGCGUGCCGUUGCUGUCAAACGGUUGUUUGAGAGUAAUUUUAAGAGAGUUGAGCAGUUCAUGAAUGAGGUAGAGAUCCUUGCUCGCUUGCGUCACCGCAACCUUGUUUCGCUUUACGGUUGCACCUCGCGCAGUAGCCGUGAGCUUCUGCUUGUGUACGAAUACGUCCCAAAUGGCACGGUGGCUGAUCACCUCCAUGGAAAACUAGCAAAGUCUGGCAAGCUUCCAUGGUGUACAAGAAUGAAGAUUGCUAUAGAGACUGCAAGUGCUUUGGUGUAUCUCCAUGCUUCUGAAAUCAUCCACCGAGAUGUCAAAACCAACAACAUUCUCCUCGACAACAACUACUGCGUUAAAGUAGCCGAUUUCGGAUUGUCCCGUCUCUUCCCACUCGAUGUAACACACGUUUCAACCGCUCCACAAGGCACUCCUGGCUAUGUCGAUCCAGAGUACCAUCAGUGCUACCAACUCUCUGACAAAAGUGACGUCUUCAGCUUCGGUGUGGUACUUGUUGAACUGAUAUCCUCAAUGCCUGCUGUUGACAUCACAAGGCAUAGACAAGAGAUCAACCUGUUCAACAUGGCCAUCAACAAGAUCCAAAACAGCACACUACACGAAUUCGUCGACCCAUCACUCGGUUUCGAAUCGGACUACAAAAUCCAAGAGAUGAUAACCAGCGUAGCCGAGUUGGCGUUUCGAUGCCUGCAAAGUAUGAAAGACGAGAGACCAACAAUGAUGGAAGUUCUCGACACUCUUAACAUCAUAAAGAAACAAAACGCCGAGAAGGUGACAGAUCGAGAGGCCGACAUUUCAGACGAUGCUGUAUUGCUAAAGAAUGGCUAUGGAUCGUCUCCAAGUUCCAUGUCUGUAUCUUGGGUUAGCAGUAACACCUCAACAGCAACAAAUGAAACCAUCAGCUCUUAAAUCCCUUCCAUUAUUCCCUUAUCUUUUGUCAACUACUUCAUCUUCAUCUUCCUCAUCAAUCUAUUACACUGAUGGGUCGGCAUAUAUUUCUUUUAUAUACUUAUUGAAUUGAUUCUUCA